AUGGGAAAUGCACUGGCAACCCCGCCGGAGUUGCUUUUCCCAUCCACCAUCUAUGGUGUAACCACUGCCAAGAGGCAGAUUUUUGUGAAAACCCUUACAGGGAAGAUCAUCACUCUUAACGCUGAACCCUCGGAUACAACAGAAAAUGUUAAGGCCAAUAUCCAGGAUAAGGAAGGAAUUCCUCCUGAUCAGCAAAGACUGCUCUUUGCUGGCAAGCAACUGGGAGAUGGAUGUACUUUGUCUGACUAGAUACAGGGGUGGAACAUUCAAAAGGAGUGCACUCUUCACCUUGUGUUGAGACUUCGUGGUGGUGCUAAGAAAAGGAAGAGAAGUCUCGCAUCGCUGCCAAGAAUAAGCCCCGGAGAAAACGGCAAAGUUGCUCGACUUCGUCUGGAGUGCCCCUUAGAAGAAUGUGGUGCUGGAGAUUUCAUGGCCAGCUACUUUGACGAGUAUUAUUGUGACAAAUAUCUGACCGAUUGCCUCAACAGAAUAGAAGACAAUUAAUUGUAUAUGGGUUGAUAAAAG